CAAAUGACUUCCUGCUGGUAAAGUACGGCGCUGUCCUUCAUCUAACAGAUACAGACACGCUGACAUUCCGUCGCAGUUCGGCCGUUUAAGCAGCAUUGUUACGAACAUCUCACUUCGACAUGGGACUCACAAGCGACCCAGUGUACCAGACCCUGGAGCAAUGGUACAAAUCCAGUGCUGGCAAUCUCAACAUGAGGCAGAUGUUUGAUGCCGAUAAGGAACGAUUCAGCAAAUUCAGUAUCACUCUUGAGACUGACGAUGGUGACAUCCUGCUGGAUUACUCUAAGAACCUUAUCGAUGAGCAAGUCAUGAAGAUGUUGCUGGAGAUGGCAAAGUCCAGAGGCGUGGAGGCAGCGAGGGAGAGGAUGUUCACUGGCGAGAAGAUCAACUUUACUGAGGGCCGUGCCGUCCUUCACAUUGCCCUGAGGAACCGCUCCAACACCCCUAUUCAUGUCGGUGGGAAAGAUGUCAUGCCUGACGUCAACAGGGUCUUGGACAAGAUGAAAGGUUUUUGCCAUAGAGUACGCAGCGGGCAGUGGAAGGGCUACUCCGGGAAGUCGAUCACUGACGUCGUCAACAUUGGUAUCGGGGGAUCUGACCUGGGCCCCCUGAUGGUCACAGAGGCUCUGAAGCCCUACUCUAAGGGUGGACCACGUGUGUGGUUUGUCUCCAACAUUGAUGGGACUCACAUCGCUAAGACUCUGGCUGAGCUCAAUGCCGAAACCACCCUCUUCAUCGUGGCAUCCAAGACAUUCACCACUCAGGAGACCAUCACAAACGCGGAGUCUGCCAAGGAGUGGCUGCUUAGGUCUGCUAAUGAUCCUUCUGCUGUCGCCAAGCACUUUGUGGCACUGUCCACCAAUGCGCCCAAAGUGAAGGACUUUGGGAUCGACACAAACAACAUGUUUGAGUUCUGGGAUUGGGUUGGUGGACGUUAUUCUCUGUGGUCGGCAAUUGGGCUGUCCAUUGCCUUACACAUUGGCUUUGAGAACUUUGAGCAGCUGCUUUGUGGAGCUCACUGGAUGGAUAACCACUUCCGCAGCGCCCCCUUGGAGAGCAAUGUCCCUGUGCUGCUGGCCCUACUAGGGAUCUGGUACAUCAACUUCUUCCAGGCGGAGACUCAUGCCCUGCUACCCUAUGACCAGUACAUGCACCGCUUCGCCGCCUACUUCCAGCAGGGCGACAUGGAGUCCAAUGGCAAAUAUAUCACCAACCAGGGCAAGCGUGUGAGCCACCACACCGGGCCCAUCGUGUGGGGGGAGCCUGGGACCAAUGGGCAACACGCCUUCUAUCAGCUCAUCCACCAGGGAACACGCAUGAUCCCGGCCGACUUCCUCAUGCCGGCCCAGAGCCAUCACCCAAUCAGGGACAACCUACACCACAAGAUCCUGAUCGCCAACUUCCUGGCCCAGACAGAGGCUCUGAUGAAGGGCAAGACUGCAGAAGAGGCCAGGAAGGAGCUGGAGGGAAGCGGCAUGAGUGGAGAACCUCUGGAGAAGCUUCUGCCCCACAAAGUUUUCCAAGGAAACAAACCUACCAACUCCAUAGUGUUUAGGAAGCUGUCACCGUACAUCCUGGGGGCACUUGUUGCUAUGUAUGAGCACAAGAUCUUUGUGCAGGGAGUUAUGUGGGAGAUCAACAGUUAUGACCAGUGGGGGGUCGAGCUGGGAAAGCAGCUGGCGAAGAAGAUCGAGCCGGAACUGCAGGACACGGCGGAGGUGCACACGCACGACUGCUCCACCAACGGCCUCAUCAACUUCUUCAAAAAGAACUAUGCUUAAGCCCCACCUCCCUCCAGACACCAGGGCCCAGUCAGCCAAUGAGAAUCAGCGCUUUGACACCUUAUCCAGCACCGCCCAGUAGUGUAACUGAGGAAGAGCACUUUAAUAGUCUGUGUCUGUGUAUUGUGAGUCCUCACUGUACUUGUAAGCGAUAAGGAAGAAGCCAUUGUCACCUUUGUAGGUGUAAUGUUAAAAUGCCUCCCCCUCUUCUUGUAUCUCUGGCUCCAUAGUAACAUUGUGACCGACCACAGUAAAUGUUUACGUGCUUAAAAA